UGCCAUCCUGUCCGACCUUUGCACGACUCCCUGGCACCCAAACUUCGACAGAGAACUGGUCAUUGAGUCCCCCAGAUGUGGAUGGGUGCAGAUGUCCUAGCGCGGGCAAACAAUAUUAUACACGCAUGUCCCAACCACCACCUCCUCCUCCGCCUCCGCUGCAUCCGCUCAGUACAACUCGCUCAACUCCAGACAUGACGGAAACUCAGAAGCUGCCAGUGUUCUCUCCUCCUGGAUUUCUCUAUCCCCAUCGACGACUGCCCCAGCCGGUCCAGCUGCCGCCGUUGCAGGUGGACAUCCCACCAGACGCUGUACCACCACGGUCGGACUACCCUUUCCGCUCGCCCAUCAAUCAACUACCGUCCAUCCAGCCAGGCCCUCCUCCUCCAAGAUACACGCAGCCGCAUCAGCAUCAGCAACAGCAACAGCCGCAUCACCAGCAUCACCACCAGCAUCAGCAUCAGCCUUCGUCCAUACCGCGGGCAGCGCCAGUCGACAAGCUCCUCCACUCGAAUCCCUACACGCCUCCCAGGUCCGAUCCACCCUACUCCCCUCAGCAGUAUGGACCGCCAAUAUCACCCCGCUCCGAGUUCGACAAUCGGGGACCAAGGAGACCAACUGAGCAACGUUAUCCGUACGAAGAUUCUCGGGCCGCCCACCCAACCCACCAUGAGCAAUCGUAUGCCUCCCUUGCGUCGCCAGUGGAACCCUCGCAGCACCAGCACCAGCACCAGCACCAGCAACAGCAGCAGAAGGCGUACGCCCCACUGCCCUCACCUAGCUACACGCCAAGUUAUGCGUCUAGUAGCACACCAUUCCGAGGGUCCGUGAGCUCUCACCCCCAAUCGCACCGGGGCUCCGUAACUGCUUCGUUGGGACCCGCGGCGUAUGCUGAAGCUCCCACCAGUGGGCCUCCGCCGCGGCAAGAGCCUCGAGUGAUCCCGUUACCUGGGUCCAUACCACAGCCAGUGCUCAAUGAGAAACUGAAUCUCAACUACGAGCUCGUCGUUCGCCAACAGCCGAUUGCCGCUCGAGCAUGCGGAUUCGGGGAGAGGGACCGCAGAGUCAUCGACCCGCCACCAAUCAUCCAGCUGCUCGUCACGGAUCCUAAGACGGGCGUGGCUGAACAGGAGGAGUUGCGGUAUUCGCUGAAUGUGGUGCACUGCACAUUAUGGAAUGCCGAGGGGACGAAUGAGGAGACGGCGCUCAUCCAACCGGACAGGCGGACGACGCGGCGACUGAUGGGCCAGCUCGUGGCCUCGCCCUCAGUCGCGAAGGACGAGCACGACGUCGAGGGUUGCUUCUUCUGCUUCCCCGACCUCUCGUGCCGCACACACGGGAAGUACCGACUCCGCUUCGUCCUGAUGCGGAUCGACACGGCGAGCCUAGUGGUGGGCGGAUACUCGCCGAUCCUGACGGAGGUGCUGAGCGACGUCUUCACCGUCUACACUGCGAAGGACUUCCCCGGCAUGCGGCCGAGCAGUGCUCUGACGCGGGCGUUGAAGCUGCAAGGAUGCAACAUCCAAGUGAAGAAGGGCAACGAGAAGGCGCUGGCGCGCAAGCGACUGACGGCCAGCCAAGAGCAUGAUCACCACCCGCAACACCUCCUCCAGCACGACGAGGACGACGAAAUGGGAAAGCGACGGCGCAAGGAGUAGUGGUCCUGCCCACGCGAGUCUGGGCCCCUGGGCGACUGGAAAACCUGCAUAAUACCCAAUGGCCUCAGCCCGCUAGCUGGAGCAAGCAAGCAAGGUGAGGGCCAAGGCAUUUGGGCGGCGCUACUUGUAAUC